AUGUCAAAAAGCCAAGCAAAAGCUUUAGAAAUAUCACAAAAUAAUGCUCAUGAACAAAAUAUUGAGAAUGUGCUUCACAAUGAACUCUCAAACCACAGAAGAAAAGGUUUACAAUACUUAGAAGAAAGACAAUGCAAUCAAAUACAUAUUACCCAAUAUAACUCAUCUAAUGAAAAUAAGGAAGUUUUUGGAAAAGACCUCAAAACACUUAAUCAGGCUCUUAGAUUUAAGAACUGUGCUUCUUCUGAAAGAAGCAACACUAGUAAUAAUGCAAGGACAGCUCACUCUCAUUUCAAUAACAAUACAAGCUAUGGCAGACAUGGCAAUUACUAG